GUAACGGCUGUUUUCUAAGUUUUUAUCACGCUGUUGUUCUCCGGAUUUCAGGCUGCGCUGCUCUCGGGUGGACAGUGAGGGAGGCUAAGAGGCGGUGGAAAGCCAGGUGCUUCGCGGGGCGAGAAUCCUCCGAGAAAAAAACCCUCACACACAGACCGCGGAAACUUCGUUUCCCGUGCUGGAUUUUGCGGGGCGAGUGGCUGUUCUGCUAUCAGCCCAACGGUGUCGUGUUGAAAAAGGGAAAUCGUUCAACUUCAUGACAAAGGCGGAAGAAUUACUGGAUUUUUCCAAUUUCUCCAGCUUUUCAGAAGUGGCAUGAUCCCCGUCUUUCUACUUAACAGGUGAAUACUGUUUACUCUUGUUUGAAGAACUUUGUAGCGUUAUUUUAAGAGGGAACUUUAAACGGGCACUGUGAACAUGUCAAAGCCGGUAGAUCACAUCAAGAGACCCAUGAACGCCUUCAUGGUGUGGUCAAGAGGCCAGAGGAGGAAAAUGGCUCAAGAGAAUCCAAAAAUGCACAAUUCAGAAAUAAGUAAAAGACUUGGCGCUGAGUGGAAACUGCUCUCUGAAUCUGAGAAACGGCCGUACAUUGAUGAGGCCAAGAGGCUGAGGGCUCAACACAUGAAAGAGCAUCCAGACUACAAAUACAGACCCAGACGCAAACCGAAAAACCUUCUCAAGAAAGACAGGUAUGUGUUUCCUCUGCCCUACCUGGGUGACACUGAUCACCUGAAAGGACUUUCGGUCUCUGCCACGGAGAGUCUCUUAGGUUCUACAGAAAAAGCCAGAGCAUUUCUGCCACCAACAUCUGCUCCGUACUCCUUCUUCGACCCGAGUCAGUUCAGCUCCAGUGCCAUACAGAAGAUGACAGAGAUGCCCCACACGUUGGCCACCAGCUCUUUACCAUACGCAUCGUCUCUGGGAUACCAGAACGGCGCCUUCGGGAGCCUGGGUUGCCCCAGUCAGCACACCCACACCCACCCGUCGCCCACAAACCCUGGGUACGUGGUGCCCUGUAACUGCACUGCAUGGUCGACAUCCAGUCUACAGCCGCCUGUUGCCUACAUACUGUUUCCAGGUAUGACCAAGAGUGGGAUUGACCCAUACUCAACAGCACAUGCCACUGCUAUGUGACUCCAGAACUAAAAACAUUAUCCUCUUUGAAAACUUGAAUACAGCAAUGCAUGUAUAUAAGAAGAGGGGAAUGGUCCGGACUGUGUGGACAUGAACUUUUCAACAUCUAUGAGAGGUUCCUUGAAUCCCAGCAUGGAUCUUGGAAUAAAUGUAAGGCAGGAGCCCAGAACUGUAAGAAAUGUAAAUGUGCAAACGUUAUUAUCAUUAUUAUUAUGGCUACCGAAUUUGGAUGGCUUUAAUUUUAUUUAUCAUGUACAAUUUGAUGCUAUAAUAAUGAUGAUUUUGUUUUGACAGUUAAUAUAAUUGUUAUUAUCAUAUGAUUAUUAUUUGAAUGACUUUCAUUUGCACAAUUAACGGUUUGGCCUCAUGUUUCUUGUACAGCUUGUUGUAUCUACCAUUUUUUUGCACUCUGAAUUUAAAAUAAUAUGACUAUAGGCAUUUCAAAGUUGGCCAUUGAGCGUUAAAUAGAUUAUACGGGUUAUUUUGUUUAUGAUGAUGAAAACGUAUCUAAAUUUAAAAAUAUUUAAAAUAACAGAUUUAAAAUAAUUAUCAAUAUCUUGAAUUUUGACAUUUUAUGCGGUUCAGUGCUAGUCACUCGUUCAUUUGGUUUGAGAAGAACUUAAGAACCUAAGUUAGAAGCGACACUUGUUGUGUUUUUAAUCUGCGAUGGUAACUUAAAUCCUGACAUGUAAUUGGAAAGGAAAAUGUAUCUUAAAGGGUGAUACCUCAAUUCUUUGUUCAUUUGCAGAGCAAAGACAUUUUGAAUAAAUACAAUCUGUCUCAAAAAUUCA